UGUGGAAGGGGAGACCCGAGGAUGUGAAGGGUCGGGCAGGGGACUACUUGAAUUUGGAGAGACCGGAGAGAGAGCCUCCAGUUUACGGGUGUUGGGGAAGAGAGGACUUCGGAUUUAUGGUUUACGGAUUGAAACCAGGGUGCGUCCUUUCAUCCUCUUUUGCUGCCCACCUCCAGCGGCUUGAUUUACAGCACCAUGGCCUUACUGAUGUCUCGGCUCCUUUAACUGGAUCUCAUGAACUGGAUCCCAAAGCUGCAAAGAACUGGGUUGCAAUUGGCCAGUCCUUGCCUCAGGUUGGAGGUACAACUGGCUGAGGCUCUGGGCUCGGUAAGCAUUCCCUUACGGGAUUGGCCGCGGCUGCCAAAGGGCCCGCCUCCCUACGCACAGGCCUCGGUCCGGUUUGGUAAGGGGCUGUGGUGCCCAAAGAUCGAGCGCUUCAGGGAACAUGGCGGCGGACCUCGGUCAGAUUCCUGAUGUGGACAUUGAUUCGGAUGGCGUCUUCAAGUAUGUGCUGAUUCGAGUCCACUUAGCAGAGCCUUCCGGGGAUCCGGCGAAGGAGUGCAAGGAAAUCGUGCGUGGCUACAAAUGGGCUGAGUACCACGCGGACAUCUAUGACAAAGUGUCAGGCGAGCUGCAAAGGAAUGGCUAUGACUGUGAGUGCCUAGGCGGCGGGCGCAUCUCCCAUCAGAGCCAGGACAGGAAGAUACACGUAUAUGGCUACUCUAUGGGUUACGGUCGUGCCCAGCACUCAGUUUCAACCGAGAAGAUCAAAGCCAAGUAUCCUGACUAUGAGGUCACCUGGGCUGACGAUGGCUACUGAAGCUCUGCCCCCAGGACUAGGUCGGGCCUCUGCUCUUGCUGUGUUCUGUUGUGAGGGGCUGGCCCUGCGCUUUCCUUUUGUACCUUAGGCAACAGACCAAUCUGGUCCAUAGGAAUUAAAAGCAUCGAUAUGCCUACUAGUCCCUGA